CUCAUAUAUCAUCCAUGACCGUGACGCCCGCGAACCAGCUCGCCAGCCCCAUCCCGCGCUGUGGGCCGUGGAAUCGAGUGGGCCCUCGCCCAGGCUCGGCAGAACUCUCCGGACGAAACAAACGAUCCUCAGUUCCGUCUGCCUGCCUGCCUGCCUCAACCCGCGAUUCGACCUGCCUCGGGUGUGUCGUGUACUGUAACCAUGGCGGCGCGCGCUCCUGGCCAUUGUUCUCGCUCCCCCGCAUCACACAGCGCCUUCCCGAGAACAAUAGCCCUCCGCCUUCUCGCUCUCUCUCUCUCGUCACACAAUCCCCGCGUGCAUAACAAUGGGCCCGCUUGCAGGACAAUAGCCCCUGAUAUACAUCGCAGCCCCGGCCGCCUAGAUCUCGAGUGGCGGUGCCACGCGUGUGUGGUGUUCUGGCAUCUUACAUACGAAUCGCAUCUUCUGAAUUGGAAAUCAAGUCAGAGGAAGCGGCCGACCGCGGUGCAGCGCAGCGCAACACAUGCACAUGCAUAUGGGCUGGCGGAACACACAGCACAUGUGACGAGAAUAGGCUCACUUCUGGUUGGGGGCCGCGGCGCUGCGGCUGAUUUAAUUGAUCUGGAAGCAGCAGCAGGAGCGAACGACUGUUAUGCCAGUGGGACUCCGUCUCUGCUCUGUGCACACAGCGCGAAUGCUCGCCCAUGGAGGGAGGGAGAGAUGCGUGGAAUGGCAUGGUCCGGGCUCGCACGUGUUCUGGGGUGAUUCGAAAACAUACGCGGUUCAGACACGUGAUGGGGGUGGGCCGGUGUUCAUCACAGCACUGGCGGGUCGCAGUCCAUGUGUCGGCCGUGGUCGACUAGGAUCAGGCCUGCGGCACUGCAAUCUAAUCUGAUAGCACAAUCAGGGGAGAAGUCGCUGCGCGCUGUCACCCUCAGACUGAGGCUGGCUACCUCCAGCUGCGCUGUCCGCCCAUCUGUCCGAGUCUGAUCUCCUGGCAGAUCCGCACAAAGCCUG